UACUUUAAUCCGCGUCAUAAAUAGUACCACUAUAUUUUCGCAUUUAUUUCGGGUUUUUACCACUUAACCUCAACGAUUUUAAGACGUUUCAUUUAAAAUAAGGAAAUUGGAGAAUUAUCUUGGGAGUUUUGAACGUUUUCGGUUUGAAAUGACGGAGGGAAAUGAUUGGACAAGUUUGGCGUAUGAACACACGGACACUAAAACGGCCCCGGUCUGGGUCUCAGCUGUUUCCCGCCAGAAAACCGCUGCUAUUCGGUGGCGUAUGUUCGUGUUCGGCGGCGCGCACGUUAACUUCUAAUUGAAUUUUUUUCGGAAAAAAAGCGUCGUUGAAGAAUUUGAAAUUUUCGAUCGCGCGGAAAAAAUUAUAUAAACGAGUACGAAUCGUGUCCCGAAUUGUAAACGAGGGGGACGUUUUCGGUGCCGCGCUGCCCGCGAGAUUAUGUCUAUUUAUGAAGACAGGGGCGCGGUAGAGGUACUACAACACACGGAGAGGGACAGUCCGGCUAACGUUAACAGUCACGUUGAUAAGGACGGCGAACCUCCAACGGCCACAAUGGAACAGGAAAAAAGAAUGCGAAGGGAAAUCGCCAACAGUAACGAAAGGCGAAGAAUGCAGAGUAUCAACAAUGGUUUUCAAUCGUUGAGGUCGCUAUUACCACAUCAUGAGGGUGAAAAACUUAGCAAAGCAGCAAUUUUACAACAAACAGCUGAAUACAUCUACCAAUUAGAACAAGAAAAAACACGUUUACUCUCACAAAAUUGUCAACUAAAACGUUUAGUAAACCAACACGAAGGUGGCGAGUUACCGCCAAAGAAACGUAAAACGGAAGUAAUGCUGCCGAUUUCGGAAUCCUCCGACGAAGGUCUCGGAUCAAUGUCUCCGGAACCGAUAAACGUGAUCGGUGUUGUAAAAACAAGUAGUGAUCAAUCGACGACAUGCGAAUUGCGUAGACAGCUCGAACAAGAAAGAAACCUUCGCAUUCUUUACGAAGAACAAUUGAGACAGUACGAAAAUCAACACAUCAUCUAUCAACAACAACCGACGGGGCAAAUUUAUACAGUCGAAGAUGGUGAUGAUUUAAAACUUCAGUUGGUCGCCCCGGAAAGUUUACCACCAGUUGGACAUACUCAAACGGUUGUUUGUUCUCCAGUUCCUUCGAGAAGUCCAAGUCCGGUUCCAAGUACCGUAGCUGUUUCGGCUGCACCUGAACAACAACAGCGACUGCCGUCAGUUUUGGAAGCCGCUAUUAAAGCGGAACCGAAAGUUGAAGUUGAACGUCUACCAUCGCCGAAUACUUCGCCGCAUGAAGAUGGUACGACGACAACGACGACGAUUCCAGCUCGAUUAUAUUCGACGAAUACUUCGAGACAAAAUUUGGAAACGAUAGUUGAAGCAAUUCGUCAUUUGGAAGGUGAUCACAUGUUCGGGGAUGAGCCCCAAACGACGUCGACGCCGCAACAGGAAGCGCCGUUGGCUUUGACGACGACGACGCGAUCCACGGAACAUAUUAUAAAAGUCGAGAUGAAUCCAUACUUGGAUUUCCAUCAGGUUCAACAGUCUCGACCUGGUGUUAUAGUUGUUAAACAAGCGUCGUGAUUAUAUCGUGAAAGGAACAACAAUAAUGUUAACAACAACCAAGUUUAGAAUGUCUUUAGAAAUUUUUGUCCUUUUUUUUGAAGUAGUAGAUGAAAAAUGUAGAAAUGGGAAAGAAAAAGGAGGAGGAUUUAAAGAUUUUAAAGCAAAAAAUUAAACGAAAUUGAGAUU